AAGAAGGUUCCUGGAAGUCUCCAGACAGCAGGAUGCUUGCAAUAUCUCAGGACAAGGAGAUGUUUUUAGAAGGCUCUCUUUUUAAUCACUUCAAGAAAAAUAAGGUGGAGAUAGCAAAUGCUAUAACAAAGUCAUAUCCAUUCCUUGAGAGCCUCAGAGACCAUUCCAUGAUCACAGAAAAUACUUACAAGGAGUCUCUAGAUGCCUGUAGAAACUUGGUUCCAGUAAAGAGAGUGGUGUAUCAUCUUCUCUGCCACCUUGAGAAGACAUUCGACAAGUCCCUUUUACAAGUCCUGUUCAGCAGGGUUCAUCUGAAAGAGUACCCUGAUUUAGCUGAGGUUCAUAGAAGCUUCGAAAACGUGAUGGGCAAUCAAUCAAGUGAGGAGAUGAAGAUCUCGGGAGUGUCAAACAGCGCCAUGUUUUAGCCCGGAUGAAGAGUGUGAAGAAGCUACAGAGCACCCAUAGAGGCAGUUCCAGUUUCUAUCAGCAGCGCAUCCCACAGUCAGUGAUACUGUGACCCCCACAUUCGCUUUCCAGGAUUGCAAUCUGACCAAUCACUGCUUGACAACUUUCCACCAAUCAGAACUGUCCUGGAUGAAAUCUUUAUUUGCAAAAGCGGAAGGGACGGGGGACUAGUGUAGCGCUUUUGUGGAUGUAAGCACUCCGUUGUGGGUAAAGCCAGAGGACUGGGCUGUUCCCAAACUGAGGCUCUGAAAUCCCAAAUGAAUAUUGGGUUGGAAAGUUGUAAAAUUUGAGAUGCAGUAAAUUUGCUGUAACUCAGUCUUCUUCCGUUUUUCGGUGGGCAUAGUCAACAGAAGUAUUUAGCAAGACAAUUUAAAAUUUUUAGGAAAAAUAAAAGAUUUGAAUUAAUGACAACAUAAAAACUUGAAAAAGAAGUGUGUUACAUUGUUUUCACAGUAUCGGGCAGAAGGUCAGCAAGUUAUGUAGCUCCUGGAAACGACUGGGGAGAAUGUCUGAUGUAUGAUCAUUUCUCUUUUCCUCAAAGACAGAGAAAUCAAAAAAUUUUAGAUUCUAACUUGAUAUUGUAUUCUAAAUAAUAAAUAUAGUAAU